GCCACUCUCUCAACCGAUCGUCGCCCGCUCGCUCGCCUUCAUAGACACGCCCAAAUCACACGCACCUAAAACUCCUCUCCCCUUCCUCCUCCUCCUCCUCUUCCUCCGCCACUGUGAUUUUCCUCUCUCUCUCUCUCUCUCUCUCUCUCUCUCUCUCUCCUGUUUUGCUCGCACAUGCGAUUGAUUUCGCGAUUCAUAAUCGAAUCUCGAUUUCUUAUUUUUACUUUAAAAGCCUCCCUCUCUCUCUCUGUCUCUCUCUAUUUUUCUCUCUCUCGCUCGCUCGCUCUCGUUCCCAUUUGACACCGACCCUUAAAGUUUGAGCUUCUUAAACUCGGGGGAGUUCAUGUUGGGUUUUGGGAGCACCGCCACCGCAAGCAAUCCUGCCUCCCGGCGAUGGCAGAGCGGAAGCAGCGGGACGUGGAGGAGCUUUAUUGCGCCACGGACCUGAUUCAACAACCCGAGAUCACACCAGUGUUGAAAGGGCGCUGUCGCAUGCAAGGGCCGGGGGACGAGGCCUAUUCUAAUUCCAAGAAGGAUUCGGUGGCUAAUCAGGUACCAUCUCCAGAUGUCAAAGGAUUUGGGGGGCCUUCCAUGAGUCAGAAGAAAGUUAACAUUACAGCAGAGUCUGGUACCUGUAAUGUGUGCUCUGCUCCUUGCACAUCUUGUAUGCAUCUUAAUCAAGUUAUUAUGGGAUCCAAAAGGAAGGAAUAUUCCGAUGAAACCUGUCUCGAUGGUGUAGCCAGCCAAUAUUCUGCUAAUGACUAUGAUGUUUUGCGGCCUUUAAGUGGUGCAUCAGCACACAGCCCACAAGGCACUGCUGACGAAACAAGUCGUCCACAGGGGUUCAAUUCUGGGUAUUCCUGUGAUAAUACUAAAAACAAAACCAGCUUCAACUGA